UAUUUUCAGGUUUUAAAAGCAGACUUCUUUCCUUGGAGGGGAGAGCAGCAGAUGUACAAGCUGGACAUAGGCUGGCCUAAAACUCCAGAACACUUCACUGGCCAAACAUUUUGUGUUGCUGUUGACUCUCUCCAUGGUUUGGUCUAUGUAGGACAAAGGGGAGACAAUGUGCCAAAGGUACUUGUAUUCUCAGAAGAAGGCUAUUUUCUUCACUCCUGGAAUGAUACAGUUGAAAUGCCUCAUGGUAUCUUUGUAUGGAACACUGCAACAGAAAGUUCAGUGUGGAUCACAGAUGUUGGGACAGGGAAAUAUGGACACACAGUGAAACAGUAUAGCCCUUUGGGUAAACUUAAGCAGGUUUUGGGCACACCAGGUAAUGCUGGUUCAAGUUUGAUUCCCCUGCAGUUUGAUCAACCAGCAGAGAUCUUUGUGGAGGAAACUGGAGAAAUCUAUGUUGUUGAUGGAGAUGGAGGAAUGAACAACAGAUUGCUCAAACUGUCAGAUGACUACAAAGAGAUAUGGCUGACUGGAACAAAUGGGAGCGGCAUUGGUCAGUUCAAGAUUCCUCACAGUGUAACAGUGGAUGCUUUUGGACGGGUAUGGGUUGCAGACAGAGGCAACAAGAGAAUCCAAGUGUUUGAUAAAGUCACAGGAGAAUGGCUUGGGUCUUGGAGUGGCUGUUUUUCAGAAGAUGGACCCUACUCUGUCAGGUUUACUGCUGAUUACAAAUACCUGAUUGUAGCUCAGCUGAAUAUCAACCGGUUGGCAAUCUUGGCAGCACCUCCAGUUGGCUCCAUUGGGGAUUGUGUCAUGGUCCACAGUGUCCAGCUGGCUGAUGAAACCAAACCACAUCUUGUGGAUGUAGACAUGAGGCAUGGAGCAAUCUAUGUUGCAGAGAUUGGAGCCCAGCAAGUACAAAAAUAUGUACCCUUAAGCUGAUGGUUUCCCACAACUGCCAUGGCACAAGCUGUGUGACAUUUACGACCUAUGACCACAUUUCCUUGAGAUUUUUAUAGCUUUUGUUCCCAGAACUCUAGAGCUAAGACUCUGUCCUAGCUGUUGUGGAGUUCUGGAGAAAUACUUGGUCUUCAGCUGUUACUUGUUUAAGUAAUGAUGUGGUGGCUUUUACUUUUGUUGCAAUUAUAAAAUAAGCAUUUUAAUUUUAUUAUAUAAAACUUUACAAACACAACUGUUGAUCUUAAUAUAUGGGGUCAACUUGGGGCUCUACUUAGACUGUGUGUGUUGUUAAAUGGUCAGAAAUGUCUGAAAGAAGUUUUAUAAAUUAUUUCCUGGGACAAGAGCACUUCAUUUCAAUGUUUCUUCACUUUGUUUUUUGAAUGGUUGUGCUGAUGCUGUCCAACAGAGAAUAUAAGGAUGUGUCUCAGUGUUAAAUUAGAUGCUGCUGGAUAUUGGUGUCAGUACUGAUACUGGCAUCUGCCUUAGGGGGUUAAUGACAUAAGUAUUGAAAUCUGUUUUCAGAUUCACAGAUAUAGCUCUAGCUAAAGCCAUAAAGUCUGUAAUAAGCUUGAGCUGAAUUGAUAUUAGACACUUCAAACUAAAUUAAAAGUAUCUGCACAGCAGCCAAGUACUGAUUCUUAACUAAAUCAGUUCUUAACCUUAGUUGAUUUAUAUCAGCGUGAGUUUUCUGUUCCAUAAGAUUUCAGAGUGGAACAUAUUGAGGUUUGAGCCACAUAAGUUCCUCAAGAAAAAUCUGCAGUUUGCUAGGAAAGUCUUAGUCAGCAGUAGGGACUGGGAGACAUAUGAUUUUCUUCUGAUUUAAUUAAAGCUCUGUUAACAGCAGAAAUUGUUAACAGCAAGGCAUCUGUUUUAAUUUAUUUCCAGAACUCAGACUUCAUCAACUCCAUUAAUGUGUAGAGUUAAGUUUCUUACACUAUAUUAUAGCAGAUGUCUCUAAGCUCUGUCCUAAAAAAUCCUGCCUCUCCAUUCCCAGAACAAAAUGAUUCUGCUUUCUUUACAUGUUGCUACAAGAUUUUAAGUUCACUUUAAAAUACUGAACAGAGGGAACCAAGUAUGGGAAAACUGGGAUGGGGAAGAUGACAAGGCAGGAAUGAGACCAUGGCUAACUGAUUACCAUGGUAAAACUGUGGAUCCACAUUCCAUAUUUUCUAUCUCUUUAAAACAUUUGAGAGGAUUUUUGCUGUUUCCACACACUUACUCUACUGUGUGGAUCAUUCCAAUGCUAAUUACCAGCUAAGAGAGGUACUUUUUUCUACUUUCUUAAAAAGGGAGUAUGGAAAAUGGAAUUGUAGUGAUGGGAAAUACCUGCUUCAGUAAACAUUAUCAAAAGCAAAUGCUACUUAAUUUUGUAGGUUUCAACCUAUGAUCACAAAUUUGUGAGUCAGCAGAUGGAAAAGCUAUUGAGAAAAGUUAGAUUUGUAUUUUCUCUGGAAAGUAACUCAGCUGUGGAGCCUGACUGCCUGAUUUCAGCACUAUUUGAGAUUAUUGCACUAAAUGUGAAUGCUUUGUUGUUGGCUACAUCCACAACAAUAAGACCAGAUCCCACCUGGGGCUGCCCUCACUCAAGCCUUAGAAGCAGAACUUCAAGGUUAUACACUAGCAAAUAUGGUCCAUCACUCAUGUGGUCUUGAAUGGGAGCUAGUAAGCAACAUUUAUUUGCUGAAAAAGUAGCAGCACUUCCUCUAGACCUAUGUGGAUAUGUUCACACAGUGUGUUGUGUGACUUUUCUAACUAGUUUUUUACUAGCUCAGGGAUCUCUGCUCUGUGUGCAAUUUAGCUAUUUCUUGUCUACAUAAGGUGGGUUUAUUUUAUAAAAUUUAACUGUAAAAUCGUUAUAUUUGACCAUAUCUUGGUGGUGUAGGGGGUCCAGGCAUACCCAUCUUGCUUCACUACAUCCUCUCCUUAUUUAUUUUUAAUUUGUCACAUCCAUUUGAAAAUAGAACUCCAAGCUUUCUGGGAACAUGUUUUUGUGUUCAGUAAGGCAAUAUAGUGCACUUUUGGAUGUUGACAAAUAACUUGCUUGUACAAGUUUCUGUUUGCUGCAUGCAUCUGCUCUCAGCUCUUUUUUUAUGAGCCUUUGCAGCCCCAAGAAUUGGAGAGCACCCAUCCAGUUUUGUGUGGCUUUACUGAGAUAGGCCAAGGUGCCAAAAUGUGCCUUGCCACAUUUGAGCAUCUGUGAUAACAAGGGACAAGGGAUGCUUAUUAUUGAUAAUUAUCAGAUGCUUAGACUCUGUUUUGUCUCUGUGUCUAUGACCAGACUGAGAAAAUGAUUUUGUGCACUAACUUGCUAAUUCUCUGAAUGUUUUCUUAUAUAUCACCUUGAAAACGAUUUCUGAAGAAAUGAAUAGUAUGAGAAUUUGAUAAAAUAAAUUGAGAAUUUCCCAUUAUUAAAGUA